AUGUCAAUGCAGCUACGUGUCACUGGGAGUGCGCCAGCGGCUGUGAAGGAACAGGUGGAGCGUGCACUGCUGACUGCCUUUGAUCCCCCCAUAUUCACACAGCAGCAGCAGAGCGGAAUGUCAUUGUUCCAUCUUCUUCUCGACGCACAGGAUGCGCCUCUCGCCAAUCCGCAACAGACGCCAUAUGACUGCCGCUUCAUGUGGGCACCGGAGAGCACGAUGGAUGAGGUCCUCAUGGAGGUGCGGUGUCUGCUUGAGGGCCGGCGGUUCACAUCGACGCGUGGGGCUGCAGACGCGUCGGCUACGUUUCUGAGUGUUGUGCGCGAUGGCCUCGCGCCCGACGGCGGCCUUUUCAACCUGCAGAACAUACCGCGCAUGGCGCCAUCACAACUGCACUAUUACUGCACGUUCCCCACACUGAACUAUAUUGAGGCGGCGCAGUUUGUGCUCGAGCGGCUGGUGGAUGCCUCGCUGCCGCCACAGCAGCUCCGUGCGUUGCUUGUCGACGCCUACGCCCCUUCGCGGUGGAGUGGGCUGAGUGAUGUGUGCCCAGUCACGUCGCUGCUCCCCAACACCCCAGCACCACCAACAGAAGCAGAUUCAAGGUCCGGCGCGUGCUGGCAUGAUGUGUCGCUGCUGGAGCUUUAUCACGGCCCCACAGCGGCCUUCAAGGACUUUGCCCUGCAGCUGUUCCCUCGCUACUUUGACAUCGCAGUGAAGAGUGACAGUGGCGCACGCAGCGGCAGCCGCAGCGAUAACGGCCUACAACAUUCGUAUGUCAUACUCGCGGCAACAUCCGGCGACACUGGUGUGGCGGCCAUCAGCGGCUUUGCGAAUGCCGGCAGCUCCACACGUGUCAUGGUGCUGUACCCCCACCGUGGCGUCUCGCCAGUGCAGCAGAUGCAGAUGUUGUCAUACGACGAUGGCACCUCGGUGCGUGUGUUUGGGGCAAAAUCUGACUUCGACUUUUGUCAGCACAGCGUGAAGCAGAUCUUUGCGAACCGCGCGCUGGCGCAGGAGUUGUGGAGCGAUGCGGGUGUGCGGCUGUCCUCCGCCAACAGCAUCAACUGGGGCCGCCUCAUCCCGCAGGUGGCGUACUACUUCUGGGCCUACCGGAAGUUCGUGCAGCAAGACGGAGAUCGGCGGCUGCAUCUCGGUGAUCCACUCGAUGUGGUGGUGCCGUGCGGGAACUUCGGCAACAUUCUCGCUGCGUUCUUUGCAAAGCGCAUGGGUCUGCCGCUCGGCACGCUGGUGGUCGCCUCCAACUGCAACGACGUGCUCUGCGAGUUCGUGCAGACGGGCCGCUACGACAU